AUGGCACCACCUGUGUUGAUCCAAGAACCUGAAACAGUGGGCUCAAAUAAUCGCAUGUUCACGCUGGGAUUCUUCAGACCUCGGAAUUCCACGAGUCGCUACUUGGGAAUUUGGUUUAUGUCUGAAUCCUCUGUUGUUUGGAUUGCUGACAAAAACGACCCACUAACAGAUUCUUUUGGGAAUAUUCUCACAAUGUCAGAGAAUGGCAAUCUUGUCGUUUUGAAUGGGAAAAAACAAAGUUUCCAGCAUCCUGAUAAUACAUUAUUAGCAGACGUGAAAUUCAGUACUAACCAAAAAGCAGGCAAGAAAAUGCAACUUACAUCAUGGAAAAGUACAUCUGAUCCAUCCUAUGGAGGAUUCUCUUGCGGCCUUGAACCUCGUAAUGUUACUGAAGAGAGGGAGGGAAGUUUCGACCUAUAUUUUCAUUACUCACACAAGUCUACUUGGCUAACUCUUAAGUUACGUCAUAAAGGUAAACUAAAGAAACAAUGUUGGAAUUCCCAGACAAAUACAUGGGAACGUGAAUGGGUAAGUGAGAAUUCCGAGUGUGAUGUUUAUGGCAAAUGUGGCAGAUCCGGGAUCUGCAAUUCUUUAAGCUCACCAAUCUGCACCUGCUUGAGAGGGUUUGAACCGAAGAACAAAGAAGAAUGGCGAAGGCAGAACUGGACUAGUGGGUGCGUGAGAAGAGAAGCACUUCAGUGUGAUGGAGACAAAAAUAGUUCUCAAGAUAGCAAACCAGAUGGAUUUUUGAAGCUGGAGAGGGUAAAACUACCAGAUCAUGCAGAAGUUUUUUCUUCUAAGUUUGAUCAGCAAAUUGCAGAUUGCCAAACUCGAUGCCUGAAGCAUUGCUCUUGUAUAGCUUAUGCCUAUGACAGAAGCCUUGGCUGUAUGGUUUGGAAUGUAGAUUUACUUGAUACACAGAACUUCCCAGUUGAUACAGGUAGGGCCAGGAGGAAAAUGACAACACCUAUUAUAAUAUCAGCUCUGGUAGGAACCAUUCUCAUUAUGGCCUGUGGAUAUUUCUUAUGGGGAAAAAAAAAAGUCAAACCAAAAAGGGGAAAUGCAGAUGCAGAUGCAGAUUUCAAACCUGAAGCAAUCUCAUAAUCAAGACCUAUCUUUGUUUGAUUUUACAAAGUUGGCAAUUGCAACAAACAACUUUGACUUAGCAAAUAAACUUGGGCAGGGAGGAUUUGGUCCAGUUUAUAAGGUGGUUUUCAAUUUUUGUAAAGUUAAUCUUUUUACAAGUCAUAAGAAACUAUGUAAAUAUCAUGUUUUUUUUGGUAGAAGGUAGAUAUCAUUUUAUUUCAGGGAAAGUUUGAAGAUGGACAAGAAAUAGCAGUGAAAAGACUAUCGAGAUCAUCUGGGCAGGGUAUUGAAGAAUUUAUUAAGAAAGUGGAGUUAAUUUCUAAGCUUCGACACCAAAAAUUUGUUAGACUUCUUGGUUGUUGCAUUGAAGGAGAUGAAAAGAUAUUAGUUUAUGAAUACAUGCCAAACAAAAGUUUGGAUGCAUAUACUUUUGGUUAGUGUAUAUUCCUCUGCAUAUUUUAGUGAAUUGGAUGUUCCUGUGCUUUA